CCUACAUCAGAGCUGGCAUUUCAAUCAAAAGAUCUGGCUCAUACGUCAAAAUGGAGGCCAAGCUGGGAAUGGCUAUCAUAUGGAAUCAAGAGGACACGUUGUGGGUUGAGCUGGAUUCAAAGUUUAAGAAUCAAACUUGUGGUCUGUGCGGUGACUAUAAUGGAGCCCAGAUUUUUAAUGAAUUCCAGACACCUGAUAUGGAGAGCUCCAUAAGUAUUGAAGAUUAUGGAGCGUUAUCGAAGCUCGAUGGUCCAACUGAAAGCUGUGAAGAAAUCUCUCCAGUCAAACAGAUCUGUUCAAAUGAGACUGAGAUCUGUAAGAACCUGCUGUCAGAACCUGCGUUUCUCAGCUGUAAGAACCUGAUUGACACUGACUCCUUCAUCAAAGCCUGUGCGAUGGACCUGUGCAGCUGCAGCAACAGCAGCUCCUCCUGCCUGUGUUCCACCAUCUCAGAGUUCUCCCGUCAGUGUGCACACGCAGGCGGACGGCCACAGAAAUGGACGACCAACAAACUGUGUGAAAAGUCAUGUCCACUCAACCUGGAGUAUUCUGAAUGUGGGAACCCUUGUACUGACACCUGCAGCAAUCAACACAGAAAGGAACUGUGUACGGAACACUGCAUAGACGGAUGCUUCUGUCCAUCUGGUACUCUCCUUGAUGACGUCACACACAGGGGCUGUGUAGCUGUCGACCAGUGCCCCUGCCUGCACAACGGCCAGUCAUACCAACCUGGGGAUUCUUACUCAAGCACUUGUCACAAAUGCACAUGUUCGCAGGGUCAGUGGAGUUGUUUAAAUGUAGACUGUCCUGGUGUCUGCUCCAUCAUUGGAGGCUCUCACAUCACCACCUAUGAUGCUAAAACCUAUACGUUCCAUGGAGAUUGUUCUUAUGUUCUGUCCAAGGGACCUAAUGGAAAUAUCACUGUUCAUGGUGACCUGGUAAAAUGUGAGAAAUCAGAGAAAUCCACGUGUCUGUCUGCUGUCACGCUGUUACUGCCAAAUGAAAUGAUGCUUGUGAUUAAAGAAAAUGGACAGGUCCUCUACAACUCAUUGAUUACUCAACUUCCUCUUUACAGAAAUGAGUUCAUAGCGUUCAGCCCAUCAACUUUCUUUAUUCUAGUCCACACUAUAUAUGGGUUUGACCUUGAGAUCCAGAUCAUACCAUUUAUGCAGGUCUACAUUAAAGCUAGUGUUUCCAAUAAAGGACAACUCACAGGCCUUUGUGGAGAUUUUAAUGAUGUUGAAGCUGAUGACUUCAAAAACACAAAUGGUUUGAUUGAGGGAACUGCUGAAACAUUUGCCAACGCAUGGAAAAGCAGAACAAACUGCCCUGAUGUGACGAAUACACUUGGAGACCCAUGCACAAUCAACAUACAGAAGGAGAAAUAUGCGAAACACUGGUGCUCCUUGUUGAAAGACCCAAAUGAGAUUUUUGCCAAGUGUCAUUCUGAAAUCAGCCCUAACGUCUUUCACGACAAUUGUAUUUACGACAGCUGUGCCUGUGAUAACAGUGAGGAGUGUAUGUGUGCUGCCUUAUCCUCCUAUGUCCAUGCGUGUGCGGCUGCAGGCGUCUUUCUUAAUGGCUGGAGAGACACAGCGUGUGGAAAAUACAUAGAUGACUGCCCUGCUACGUUUGUGUAUGACUACCAGAUGACAAGCUGUGGUCGCACCUGUCGUUCUCUUACUCAGUCAGAAUUAACAUGCGACAUUGACUUUACUCCACUUGAUGGCUGCGGCUGUGCUGAAGGAACGUACCUCGAUGACAAGGGAGAGUGUGUCACAGCGUCACAAUGCCCCUGUCAAAUGGGAGAAACUGUGGUACAAGCUGGAGAUGUCAUCAAAGUUAAUGGACAGACCUGCUUCUGUCGUGGUGGAAACCUCAUAUGUGCUGGAAGCUAUUUAAAUGAAUCAUGCAGCGAGCCCAUGGUUUACUUCAACUGCUCCGGGGCAAAGCCAGGUGACAAAGGGUCAGAGUGCCAGAAAAGUUGCUCACUGGCCACAGAAUGUCUCAGCAAACAGUGUGUCCCGGGAUGUGUGUGUCCUGAUGGCCUUUUGUCAGAUGGAAACGGAGGUUGUGUUGAGGAGGAGGACUGUCCCUGCACUUAUAAUGGAGAAUCGUAUAACGCUGGACAGUCUGUCACUGUGGGCUGCAACACAUGCACUUGCAAAGGCAGAAACUGGGCCUGUACAGAUAAUGAAUGUGAUGGUGUCUGCACCAUCUAUGGAGAAGGACAUUACACCACUUUUGAUCAAAGAACAUUCACCUUCAAUGGGAACUGUGUCUAUGUCGUUACUCAGGACUUCUGUGAUGAUGAUGAAGACGGCAGCUUCAGGGUCUUGAUUGAGAACGUCCCAUGUGGAACAACUGAGAGCAUCUGCUCCACAUCUAUCAAACUUUACUUAGGGAACAGUGAAAUUGUUCUUUCAGAGGAAAAUGUCAAAGUUAUAAAUCAGAGCAGAGGAGUGAACAUCCCCUUUCACGUCAACACCAUGGGGAUAUAUGUUGUCAUUGAGGCUCAGAAUGGUCUUGUUGUGAUCUGGAACAGGCUUACAACACUGAUAAUCAGACUACGGCCUGCGUUCCAGGGCAAAGUCUGUGGCCUCUGUGGGAAUUACGAUGGGAAUGUCAAGAACGAUUUCACCACAAGGAGCAAAGAAGUUGUGGUUGAUCCACUUGAGUUUGGAAACACCUGGAAAUUAUCUUCAACGUGUCCUAAUGCAGUGGCACUGCAGGAUCCAUGUAGUGUGUCCCCACACAGGCAGGCAUGGGCAGCUAAACACUGCAGUAUUAUCAACAGUGACGUGUUUGCUGCUUGUCAUUCAAAGGUGCCUCCCCAAAAAUACUAUGAUGCCUGUGUGGGAGAUACAUGUGGCUGCAACACAGGAGGAGACUGUGAGUGUUUCUGCACGGCUGUAGCCGUCUAUGCAGCAGUCUGUAAUGAGGCCGGGGCCUGUGUCAGAUGGAGGACUCCCACUGUUUGCCCUUUAUUCUGUGAUUAUUACAACCCUGAUGGGGAGUGUGAGUGGCACUAUGAGCCCUGUGGAAAGCCAUGCAUGAAAACAUGCAGGAAUCCUUCAGGAACCUGCUACAAUAAAAUUCCUGCACUAGAAGGCUGCUAUCCACUCUGCCCACCGGAGCGCUCAUAUCUGGAGGAAACUACUAUGAAAUGUGUGUCAAAGGAAGAUUGUGGCUGUUACGAUGAUGAAGGAAACCAUUAUACAGAAGGGGCAGCCAUGCCGUCACAGGACAACUGUAACAAAUGUCACUGUUCUUCAACAAAGGUGAUAUGCAGCUAUGAACAAGAUUGCCCGUGUUCAUAUGGAGAGCACACUUACCAGUAUGGAGACAUAAUCUACAAGACCCAUGAUGGAAAUGGAGCCUGUAUUACUGCUGUUUGUGGACCAAAUGGCACUGUUAUUAGGAACAUUGAACCUUGCUUCGAAACUACUACUGCAACACCUAUUUUUACUUUUACAACAUCUGGAUCAACAACAACCACUGAAGGUUCCACGACAACCUCAAGUCCUGUAUCUAAAACGACCACAACCUCAUCAACAAAGGAAACACCCACUGGCACAACAACUUCAGGAUCCACAACAACCACAGAAAGUCCCAAAACAACAACAACCUCAAGCCCUGAAUCUAAAACAAGUACCACCUCAACAACAACAGAAAAACCCACUGGCACCACAACUUCAGGAUCCACCACAGCCACAGAAAGUCCCAAAUCCACCACAACCACAGAAAGUCCCAAAACAACAACAACCUCAUCAACAACAGAGAAACCCACUGGCACCACAACUUCAGGAUCCACAACAACCACAGAAAGUCCCAAAACAACCACCACCUCACCAACAACAGAAAAACCCACUGGCACAACAACUUCAGAGUCUACAACAACCACAAAAGGUCCCAAGACAACCACCACCUCAUCAACAACAGAAAAACCCACUGGCACAACAUCUUCAGGGCCCACAACAACCACAGAAAGUCCUAAAACAACAACAACCUCUAACCCUAAAUCUAAAACAACCUCCACUUUAUCAACAACAGAACAACCCACUGGCACCACAACUUCAGGAUCAACCACAACCACAGAAAGUCCCAAAACAACUACCACCUCAUCAACAACAGAAAGACGCACUGGCACAACAACUUCAGGGUCCACAACAACCACAGAAAGUCCUAAAACAACAACAACCUCAGCAACAACAGAAAAACCCACUGGCACAACAUCUUCAGGGUCCACAACAACCACAGAAAGUCCUGAAACAACAACAACCUCAAGCCCUGAAUCUAAAACAACCACCAUCUUAUCAACAACAGAAAACCCCACUGGCACCACAACUUCAGGAUCCACAACAACCACAGAAAGUCCUAAAACAACUACCACCUCAGCCACAACAGAAAAAUCCACUGGCACAACAUCUUCAGGGUCCACAACAACAACAGAAAUUCCUGAAACAACAACAACCGCAAGCCCUGAAUCUAAAACAACCACCACCUCAUCAACAACAGAAAAACCCACUGGCACCACAACGUCAGGAUCCACUACAACCACAGAAAGUCCAAAAACAACAACAACCUCAUCAACAACAGAAAAACCCACUGGCACAACUUCUUCAGGGUCCACAUCAACCACAGAAAGUCCUAAAACAACAACAACCUCAAGCCCUAAAUCUAAAACAACCACCACCUUAUCAACAACAGAACAACCCACGGGCACCACAACUUCAGGAUCAACCACAACCACAGAAAGUCCCAAAACAACAACAACCUCAUCAACAACAGAAAAACCCACUGGCACAAGAUCUUCAGGGUCCACAACAACCACAGAAAGUCCUAAAACAACAACAACCUCAGCAACAACAGAAAAACCCACUGGCACAACAUCUUCAGGGUCCACAACAACCACAGAAAGUCCUAAAACAACAAAAACAUCAAGCCCUGAAUCUAAAACAACCACCACCUUAUCAACAACAGAAAAAUCAACUGGCACCACAACUUCAGGAUCCACCACAACCACAGAAAGUCCCAAAACAACAACAACCUCAUCAACAACAGAGAAACCCACUGGCACCACAACUUCAGGAUCCACAACAACGACAGAAAGUCUCAAAACAACCACCACCUCAUCAACAACAGAAAAACCCACUGGCACCACAAAUUCAGGAUCCACAACAACCACAGAAAGUCCUAAAACAACUACCACCUCAGCCACAACAGAAAAAUCCACUGGCACAACAUCUUCAGGGUCCACAAAAACCACAGAAAUUCCCAAAACAACAACAACCUCAAGCCCUGAAUCUAAAACAACCUCCACCUUAUCAACAACAGAAAAACCCACUGGCACCACAACUUCAGGAUCAACCACAACCACAGAAAGUCCCAAAACAACAACAACCUCAUCAACAACAGAAAAACCCACUCGCACAACAUCUUCAGUGUCCACAAUAACGACAGAAAGUCCAACAACAACCUCAUCAACAACAGAAAAACCCACUGGCACCACAACUUCAGGAUCAACCACAACCACAGAAGGUCCCAAAAGAACAACACCCUCAUCAACAACAGAAAAACCCACUGGCACCACAACGUCAGGAUCCACCACAACCACAGAAAGUCCCGAAACAACAACAACCUCAGCAACAACAGAAAAAUCCACUGGCACAACAUCUUUAGGGUCCACAACAACCACAGAAAUUCCUGAAACAACAACAACCUCAAGCCCUGAAUCUAAAACAACCACCACCUCAUCAACAACAGAAAAACCCAUUGGCACCACAACGCCAGGGUCCACAACAACCACAGAAAGUCCCGAAACAACAACAACCUCAUCAACAACAGAAAAACCCACUGGCACAACAUCUUCAGGGUCUACAACAACCACAGAAAGUCCUGAAACAACAACAACCUCAAGCCCUGAAUCUAAAACAACCACCACCUUAUCAACAACAGAACAACCCACUAGCACCACAACUUCAGGAUCAACCAUAACCACAGAAAGUCCCAAAACAACAACAACCUCAUCAACAACAGAAAAACCCACUGGCACCACAUCUUCAGGGUCCACAACAACCACAGAAAUUCCUGAAACAACAACAACCUCAAGCCCUGAAUCUAGAACAACCACCACCCCAUCAACAACAGAAAAACCCACUGGCACCACAACGCCAGGGUCCACAACAACCACAGAAAGUCCCAAAACAACAACAACCUCAUCAACAACAGAAAAACCCACUGGCACCACAACGUCAGGAUCCACUACAAUCACAGAAAGUCCAAAAACAACAACAACCUCAUCAACAACAGAAAAACCCACUGGCACCACAUCUUCAGGGUCCACAACAACCACAGAAAUUCCUGAAACAACAACAACCUCAAGCCCUGAAUCUAGAACAACCACCACCUCACCAACAACAGAAAAACCCACUGGCACAACAACUUCAGAGUCUACAACAACCACAAGAGGUCCCAAGACAACCACCACCUCAUCAACAACAGAAAAACCCACUGGCACAACAUCUUCAGGGCCCACCAGAACCACAGAAAGUCCUAAAACAACAACAACCUCUAACCCUAAAUCUAAAACAACCUCCACUUUAUCAACAACAGAACAACCCACUGGCACCACAACUUCAGGAUCAACCACAACCACAGAAAGUCCCAAAACAACUACCACCUCAUCAACAACAGAAAGACGCACUGGCACAACAACUUCAGGGUCCACAACAACCACAGAAAGUCCUAAAACAACAACAACCUCAGCAACAACAGAAAAACCCACUGGCACAACAUCUUCAGGGUCCACAACAACCACAGAAAGUCCCAAAACAACAACAACCUCAUCAACAACAGAAAAAAACACAGGCACAACAUCUUCAGUCUCCACAACAACCACAGAAAGUCCUGAAACAACAACAACCUCAAGCCCUGAAUCUAAAACAACCACCAUCUUAUCAACAACAGAACAACCCACUGGCACCACAACUUCAGGAUCAACCACAACCACAGAAAGUCCCAAAACAACAACAACCUCAUCAACAACAGAAAACCCCACUGGCACCACAACUUCAGGAUCCACAACAACCACAGAAAGUCCUAAAACAACUACCACCUCAGCCACAACAGAAAAAUCCACUGGCACAACAUCUUCAGGGUCCACAACAACAACAGAAAUUCCUGAAACAACAACAACCGCAAGCCCUGAAUCUAAAACAACCACCACCUCAUCAACAACAGAAAAACCCACUGGCACCACAACGUCAGGAUCCACUACAACCACAGAAAGUCCAAAAACAACAACAACCUCAUCAACAACAGAAAAACCCACUGGCACAACUUCUUCAGGGUCCACAUCAACCACAGAAAGUCCUAAAACAACAACAACCUCAAGCCCUAAAUCUAAAACAACCACCACCUUAUCAACAACAGAACAACCCACGGGCACCACAACUUCAGGAUCAACCACAACCACAGAAAGUCCCAAAACAACAACAACCUCAUCAACAACAGAAAAACCCACUGGCACAACAUCUUCAGGGUCCACAACAACCACAGAAAGUCCUAAAACAACAACAACCUCGGCAACAACAACAGAAAAACCCACUGGCACCACAACUUCAGGAUCCACAACAACCACAGAAAGUCCUAAAACAACUACCACCUCAGCCACAACAGAAAAAUCCACUGGCACAACAUCUUCAGGGUCCACAAAAACCACAGAAAUUCCCAAAACAACAACAACCUCAAGCCCUGAAUCUAAAACAACCUCCACCUUAUCAACAACAGAAAAACCCACUGGCACCACAACUUCAGGAUCAACCACAACCACAGAAAGUCCCAAAACAACAACAACCUCAUCAACAACAGAAAAACCCACUCGCACAACAUCUUCAGUGUCCACAAUAACGACAGAAAGUCCAACAACAACCUCAUCAACAACAGAAAAACCCACUGGCACCACAACUUCAGGAUCAACCACAACCACAGAAGGUCCCAAAAGAACAACACCCUCAUCAACAACAGAAAAACCCACUGGCACCACAACGUCAGGAUCCACCACAACCACAGAAAGUCCCGAAACAACAACAACCUCAGCAACAACAGAAAAAUCCACUGGCACAACAUCUUUAGGGUCCACAACAACCACAGAAGUUCCUGAAACAACAACAACCUCAAUCCCUGAAUCUAAAACAACCACCACCUUAUCAACAACAGAAAAACCCAUUGGCACCACAACGCCAGGGUCCACAACAACCACAGAAAGUCCCGAAACAACAACAACCUCAUCAACAACAGAAAAACCCACUGGCACAACAUCUUCAGGGUCUACAACAACCACAGAAAGUCCUGAAACAACAACAACCUCAAGCCCUGAAUCUAAAACAACCACCACCUUAUCAACAACAGAACAACCCACUAGCACCACAACUUCAGGAUCAACCAUAACCACAGAAAGUCCCAAAACAACAACAACCUCAUCAACAACAGAAAAACCCACUGGCACCACGUCUUCAGGGUCCACAACAACCACAGAAAUUCCUGAAACAACAACAACCUCAAGCCCUGAAUCUAGAACAACCACCACCCCAUCAACAACAGAAAAACCCACUGGCACCACAACGCCAGGGUCCACAACAACCACAGAAAGUCCCAAAACAACAACAACCUCAUCAACAACAGAAAAACCCACUGGCACCACAACGUCAGGAUCCACUACAAUCACAGAAAGUCCAAAAACAACAACAACCUCAUCAACAACAGAAAAACCCACUGGCACCACAUCUUCAGGGUCCACAACAACCACAGAAAUUCCUGAAACAACAACAACCUCAAGCCCUGAAUCUAGAACAACCACCACCUCAUCAACAACAGAAAAACCCACUGGCACCACAACGCCAGGGUCCACAACAACCACAGAAAGUCCCAAAACAACAACAACCUCAUCAACAACAGAAAAACCCACUGGCACCACAACGUCAGGAUCCACUACAACCACAGAAAGUCCAAAAACAACAACAACCUCAUCAACAACAGAAAAACCCACUGGCACCACAUCUUCAGGGUCCACAACAACCACAGAAAUUCCUGAAACAACAACAACCUCAAGCCCUGAAUCUAGAACAACCACCACCUCAUCAACAACAGAAAAACCCACUGGCACCACAACGCCAAUGUCCACAACAACCACAGAAAGUCCCAAAACAACAACAACCUCAUCAACAACAGAAAAACCCACUGGCACCACAACGUCAGGAUCCACUACAACCACAGAAAGUCCAAAAACAACAACAACCUCAUCAACAACAGAAAAACCCAUUGGCACAACAUCUUCAGUGUCCACAACAACCACAGAAAGUCCUGAAACAACAACCUCAAGCCCUAAAUCUAAAACAACCGCCACCUCAUCAACAACAGAAAAACCCACUGGCACAACAUCUUCAGGGUCCACAACAACCACAGAAAGUCCGAAAACAACAACAACCUCAUCAACAACAGAAAAACCCACUGGCACCACAUCGUCAGGGUCCACAACAACCACAGAAAUUCCUGAAACAACAACAACCUCAAGCCCUGAAUCUAAAACAACCAUCACCUCAUCAACAACAGAGAAACCCACUGGCACCACAACUUCAGGAUCCACAACAACCACAGAAAGUCCCAAAACAACCACCACCUCACCAACAACAGAAAAACCCACUGGCACAACAACUUCAGAGUCUACAACAACGACAAAAGGUCCCAAGACAACCACCACCUCAUCAACAACAGAAAAACCCACUGGCACAACAUCUUCAGGGCCCACAACAACCACAGAAAGUCCUAAAACAACAACAACCUCUAACCCUAAAUCUAAAACAACCUCCACUUUAUCAACAACAGAACAACCCACUGGCACCACAACUUCAGGAUCAACCACAACCACAGAAAGUCCCAAAACAACUACCACCUCAUCAACAACAGAAAGACGCACUGGCACAACAACUUCAGGGUCCACAACAACCACAGAAAGUCCUAAAACAACAACAACCUCAGCAACAACAGAAAAACCCACUGGCACAACAUCUUCAGGGUCCACAACAACCACAGAAAGUCCCAAAACAACAACAACCUCAUCAACAACAGAAAAAAACACAGGCACAACAUCUUCAGUCUCCACAACAACCACAGAAAGUCCUGAAACAACAACAACCUCAAGCCCUGAAUCUAAAACAACCACCAUCUUAUCAACAACAGAACAACCCACUGGCACCACAACUUCAGGAUCAACCACAACCACAGAAAGUCCCAAAACAACAACAACCUCAUCAACAACAGAAAAAACAACAACCUCAUCAACAACAGAGAAACCCACUGGCACCACAACUUCAGGAUCCACAACAACGACAGAAAGUCUCAAAACAACCACCACCUCAUCAACAACAGAAAAACCCACUGGCACCACAACUUCAGGAUCCACAUCAACCACAGAAGGUCCCAAAAGAACAACACCCUCAUCAACAACAGAAAAACCCACUGGCACCACAACGUCAGGAUCCACCACAACCACAGAAAGUCCCGAAACAACAACAACCUCAGCAACAACAGAAAAAUCCACUGGCACAACAUCUUUAGGGUCCACAACAACCACAGAAAUUCCUGAAACAACAACAACCUCAAGCCCUGAAUCUAAAACAACCACCACCUCAUCAACAACAGAAAAACCCAUUGGCACCACAACGCCAGGGUCCACAACAACCACAGAAAGUCCCGAAACAACAACAACCUCAUCAACAACAGAAAAACCCACUGGCACAACAUCUUCAGGGUCUACAACAACCACAGAAAGUCCUGAAACAACAACAACCUCAAGCCCUGAAUCUAAAACAACCACCACCUUAUCAACAACAGAACAACCCACUAGCACCACAACUUCAGGAUCAACCAUAACCACAGAAAGUCCCAAAACAAUACCCAAGCAUGUCUGUGUCUUCAAUGAGACUGAGUACAGGCCUGGUGUGGAGUUCUUCCCGAACCCAUGUGACACCUGUCAAUGUAGUAAAACUCAGGAUCCUGAGACCAAGUUGAAUGUCCACACAUGUCAUUCUAAAGAGUGUUUGACUCUGUGUCCAAAGGGAUUUGUGUACCAAGAGCAGCCUGGACAAUGUUGUGGGUCGUGUAAACAGAUCAGCUGUGUUGCAGAGAUCCCAGGCUUCAAUACAGUCAUUAUUACUGUUUAA